AUGCCCGCGGCGCCGGACGAGGACGUGGGCGAGGCCAGGGAAAUCGAGGCCGAGGUGGAAAUCACGCUUCAAAUGGGAAUCGCCAGCAAUACCAAAAUCAGAACAACAACCACAGCAACAACACCCCGAGCUACAACUACGCGGCUGCGAACUACGGCUAUCCAUCUCAACCAGUGUCGGCGACGUCGUACAUGGCCCCGCCCUUCCCUCACACGCAAUCAAAUUUUCAACAUCCUCAAAAUACGCCCUCCUACCAAUCUCCGCAACCCUUUCACCAACCCGCUGGAUCGGCUCCCUAUCAACCUCUCCCCCACUACCCUACAACUCCCAACCUUACGCCUUCCGCAUCCUACCCUCCGCAAUCUACACAGCCCUACCCGUCAAAUGUCCCGCAUCAACAUGGGUCGCCGCCGAACAACCCCAUAG